GAGCUGCAAGUCCCAGCCUUUUAUGGGAACCUGCUGGGGUUGCUGUGCCACAACAGCUGGAGAGCCACCAGUGUGAGAUGGCCACGUUGAACACCACCGUAGCUGGUCACCUACAUCAGGAGAGAGACGUAAAGUUGGAUAAAAAGAAAAACAUAAUUUUUAAAGGGAAAUUGUUCUAUUUAGAUCUUUCCCGCAGCAAGCAGACCCAGAUCCUUGCUAAAGCCAUUUGCAAGAUGGGUGGGGUCAUUGAAGGAUUCUUAAGCAAAGAUGUCCAUUAUGUGGUGACAGGAAGCAGAGAAACUUCAGGCAUUGUUAAGGGGCGCUCAGGAGAUAAAAGAGAGGUGUGCUUGCAACGCCAGGCUACAAAAAAGAUGAAGACAACUCCAUGCAGCCGUGGGAAGCAAUUAGUGAAGAAAGUCAUCCAAAACCAGGAAUGUAGCAGUGUGCUGACCAGUGCUCGUUCUUGGGGUGUUAGCAUCCUCCAUGUGGAUGAGAUUCUAGAUUACUUUGAGCUUCCCACACACACAAAUAAGAAUGCAGAGGAGAGGGCAUCUGGGUGUACCAAACAGACACUAAAAGGUUUCACAGUAGGUAAACUAAAGUGCCCCUUCCUGAAGAUAGAGGACCAUAGCCAAAAGUUCCGUCCCCUCCAGUGUUCUUUCACCAGCUUCCCAGAGCUUUCAUUCAUCUCUUCAGACAGGAGCCCGUUUGAGACUGCAUGUACCAACAACAGUACGCCUAAAGAGCGAGACCUUGGCGAGGAAGAUGAGGUGGAGAGGAGUAUGAUACCACACGCCUGGGAGAAGAGUGGAUACUGUGAAUGCUGUGAGGUGGAAUACACCAAGCUUAGUGAGCACCUGAUUAGCGAACAGCACUGCUUCUUUGCUCUUGAUGCUUCCAACUACAGAGUAAUCGAUGAUCUCACAGCUCAUAUCACUUGUGAUGAAAUGGAGAUGCCUUAUGAGUAAGUGCUAUGUUCUUCCCUUCUGGUCAGUGUCCCGCCAUUGUUGCCCACUGUUCAGGCACAUUAACAGUUCUGCCACAGAGCCAAGACUUAAUAGAAACAAAUUUGCAGCACUAGCCUAGGAGCUUUUUUCCAACUUGCACUGUCAGCAAGAGAAAAAUACAGUGAUUUACAUAGUAACAUAGUUAAUGUGGUUGAAAAGAGGCAAAAUGCCCAUCGGGUUCAUCCUGUAUUCUGUAUUAAGCUGAGUUCAU